GUACUUCGCAGCAUUCGAGUUAAUUAGCGAGUCUGCAGCACUCUGACUAGCCUACGGCUGCCCUCACUCGAACUCUCACAGUCGGCACUUCCAGGACGUUCUGACCUCCAUGACCGCCUAUGUGGCCCACGCCGGACGUCCAAUAUUGGACAGCGGCGCCGCCCGGAAGCCCACCCGGCCCCAGCACCCCAGAGGCUCUCCUCCCAAGGCCGCACACCCCGCACACAAACCGCAAGCGGCACCCGACCAGCCACGGCUGCUGAAGCCCGUCCAAGUGGACGACUGGGCGACGCUGACAGCGCUCGACAAGCAGGAUGCACUGCGUCAGGACUUGAGGCGGCGCAUCGAGUUGGUCAAGGCCAGCAUGGAGGUGGGCUCUCAAGAGACGAGGGCGGAGGUUGAGCACUGGAAGGAGAGGAUAACGGAGCUCAGGAUGGGGGAGGGGGAGGAGCAUCGCGGACGGAGGGAGGAGAAAGACACCCUCGUCAGCGCCAUCAACGAGUGUAAAGGUGGGUGAGCGAUCUCUGCCAGGCAAACAGGCCUUCCAUCUCUGUGUCUUGUGUUGUGUUGUGUAUGUCAGCUCGGCAGGCGAAGCAACGGGCCUUGCUGGCUGAGCGUGAGCGCACUCUGGCGGCCAUCCGAGAGGCCAAUCAGGCCAAGAAAGCCGCCCUCGCCCACACCCGCGCCACCGUCCUCGAGCCCGCCCGCCACCACAACCGGUGUCUGGCCCACGACCUGCAGCAGAAAAGGCACCAGAACAACCACCAGGCCGAGGAGGACACGCAGCGGCGCGCGCGGGACAAGGACCUGAGCAGCGUGAGCCGGAAGCGCGAUGCUGUCGAGUGGCUGCGGCACAUGGUGAUGGAUGAGGAGACGUCGCUGAAUGUGCUGCAUGCCAUUGAGAGAAAGCUGCUGGAGCACCACUUUAAUAGCCGCCGGCCGCGGAAAUAGCCGGGCGACGGCCGUCUAUCACAUGCCCCCGCACGACCAUCAGCAGCUGCACCAGCACCAGCACCAGCAUCACGGAGAGAGAGGGGCGGCGGCAAUGCGCAGCAGUGAUAUCGGCCAAUCCUGCGGACAGGUAUGGGGGUCUCUGUAACACCCAGAGGCUGUGCGUGUCUGUUCGUGUGUCGGCUGAGUGUCAUGGCUGUGUGCCGUGGCUGAUUGAUAUCAAUGGCCGGCCCUCUUUCUUUCAAGAGAGAGCGAGUAUUGCGUGCUGCGUGCCGUGCGUGGUAUCAUCAGGGGGGCCCUGCCCUCCCUCUUGUGCUGUCUGUGUGCGUGUAAAUACCUAUCUGUUUUUCGGAAGGUGGCGAGUGUGGCCAUGUGGCCAGCGGCGGUUGUGUUAACCCUGUUAGGUGAGGCCCCUCUCUCUCUCUCUGUCUUACCACUGAGUGCUGAAUUGCGUGCGUAGCUUUGCCUCACUGUCUGCCUGUCUGCCUGGGACACACACGGUGUGGUACGUUUUUGUGUGUGAUGGCACAUGACUGCGAUCGCAUGGGACACUGAUUGAUGCCUGGCCUGAGUGGGUAAGAUUUCACUUCUUGCCGCCCU